AUGGGGAUAAAGAAGUUCUUCAAAAUUAAACCUCCAGAGGAGGACACUGCUGAAGUUAAUCGUGAGACGCUAAAUGAACUUGGCAUACCAGUAAAAAAUCCAAAUAAGAAGAAAAAAGAGAAAUUUGCAGCUUACGGAGCAUUUGCCAAGGAUCAGUCGAAGGACAAGUUCUUUGCUCCACCAGGCUACGAAAAGUUUGGCAUGGCAGACAAUGGUGACGCAAAUUUAGAAGACUUGAAUAAAUCUGAUGUGGACGCCGAGGCACAGGGCACAGGGUCCGAAAAUGCAUAUAUGGCAGCACCCAAAAAGAACGAAUACGACCCGUAUGCCAGUCACAACUACGGAGGAGCCAUGAACAAUGCGAAUCCGUAUCAAAAGGGCUCUUCUUUUUCUGGUGGCGCUGAGCAUUCGUCAGAUCCGUUCGCAAAAGUUGGGUACAACGAUACGUAUCGCUCUGCGCCAGCUCCUACUCAAAAUAGUUUCGAUGCCAAUAUGGGACAAUCACCACGCUAUAACGCAUACGGUGCAGCUCCGAAUCUGGACACUAGCCAGAGAGGAUCGUAUGAUCAGGUGAGACAAGAUGAUCCAUAUAGUUCGACAUCGGUUGGCCGCGAUGGUCAAAAAGGACCAUAUGGAAAUACGGGACAGCCUUCUCGAAGCAAUCCAUACGGUUCGAAUUCGUCAUCAGGGUCGCAAAUAGAAUCCUACGGGAACUCCAGACAAGCAUCUUACCAAAGCCAGAGCAGGAGCAGCCCCUACAAUCCUUAUGACCAAAACAAUUUGUCUAAUGGUACACCUGAAGCUCACGGGCAGACCAGCGCGAAAAGUGGCCAAUCUAACCCGUAUGCUUCGUACGCGGGCUCGGCCCAAGACCCAUAUUCUGGAGCGGGAAAUUAUGGGGCACCUUCUUCUACUCGCAGCAGAGGUGGGAAUCCAUAUGCUGCAUCAAAUCGUAAGUCAAGUCAACAACCAGACAGGUCUGCCGCGGAGGCACAGGAUCUUCAGCCACAGGGAAGACCCUCUUUAGAUGCGUCCACUCUAAGGGAUGACGAGAAAUUCGAUUUUGAAACCCCCACACGGGUCCAAACGCGCGCGACCGCUCUGGGAGAAGACGACAUUGAUCUCAACGCGCCACUUCAGGAAGACGGUGGGGAUGAUCUGAAUGAACCUAUGCAUGGAAGUUAUGGCGACGAAUUACAACAACUGCAACAACAGCAGCAAUUCGCCGAUACGUCUUUGGUACCUGAAAGAGGAUUCCAAACCUUCGAGGAUGUGCAGCGGGAAAAUCAACUGAGACAACAACAAGAGGAGGACGAAGAAGUGGAUGGAAUCAAACAGGAAAUUCGGUUUACUAAGCAGAGCUCUGUUGCGUCCACGAGAAACACUCUGAAAAUGGCACAAGAGGCAGAAAUGGCGGGAACCAAUACGCUCGGAAUGCUAGGACACCAAAGUGAAAAGCUGAAUAACGUGGAGAGAAAUCUGGACCUGAUGCGGAUGCAGAACCGGGUUGCAGAGGACAAAGUCGCGGAGUUGAAGAAGCUGAAUCGGAACAUUCUGGCGGUGCACGUCAGUAACCCGUUCAAUUCCAAGCGCAGGCUGCGCGAAGCCGAAGAUCGGAUCCGUAUGCAGCGGAUAGAGGACAAAAUGAUUGAGCAACAAACGAACGGCCGGCUGCAGCAGUCGACGCAACGUAUAGAGGGCGCGAUGAAUGGGGUGCACCAGGAGGGACGGAACAUGACGCAGAGGUACCAAAACCAGGGCAUUUUGGACCGUGCGCGGCGGUACCAAUUUGAGAACGACGAAGAAGACGACGAGAUGGAGGUGGAGAUCGACCGGAACCUGGACAAAAUCGGGCAGGUGGGCAACCGGCUGAAAAAACUGGCCCUCGCGACGGGAGACGAAAUCGAUGCACAACAGACACGUAUAAAGAAGAUUGAAAACGACACUGAUGACAUGGACAUCAAGAUCCAUCUGAACACGACGCGGCUCACGCAUAUUCGCUAG